GUACAAGGAAACAACAACUUUCAGCCGGACUCAUCCAUUUUCGGUUAAAAAGAUGCACAUCUUGUGAUUUCGGCGAGAGGCAAAGGCAAUAUUAUGAUUGCUGUAAGCCAUAAAAAUCCUUUUCCACCUCUCUUUGUCGCACAAGCCAAUCAAUUUGUAGUGUGAUGGAGGUAAAUCGAAAGAACUUCGUAGAAACACUGCCUACAGUCUUCGUUGGAUACUCACCUGGGUCAAGUUACGAGAAAAUGAUGACUUGGCCAACUUUAAUUCCCUUCAACUCCACUACUCCAGCUAUAAUUGUGCCUGGGCUUUCAAAAACAGCGUACCUUGCUCUGACGAUCGUUUUUACGACGCUGUACGCUUUGUUAUUUUUGAUGAUAGUAGUGCAACUGUGCCUAAUCCUGUACUUCAAGCAUCGCCGAUUAUCGUAUCAAAGUGUGUUCUUGUUUAUCUACCUGUUUUGGGCUGCACUUAGAACUACGUUGUUUUCAUUUUAUUUCAAAAAUACCACACAAACAAAACAGUUUAGUCUUUUUAUACGGUGGCUUUUGUACGCAUUUCCAAUCUACUUACAGUUUCUUACUCUGUCGCUGCUGACAUUGUAUUUGGCAAAGGAAGUACAACAAACUGUAUCUUCUUGGUUCAUUUGCUGCAGUGAAUAUAGUUUUCUUGGCUCUCAACAUCACGAGCUCUGUUGUGUGUCAUGAACAAGAUGCUCAUGACAAACUAGUUGUGCUGAGGGUCAUUGUAAAUGGACUUCUUUUUGUUGUUGUUGGUUUUGUUCUCUGCUUUUGCAUUAUUAAGAUUACAAGAGCACCAGCCGUCAAUGUAUUACUGGAGGGUCAGGGUGCUACAACCAGACAAGGCAUAGUACUGUGUGGGCUGGUAGUCCUGCUCUAUGUGUCCAGAGCAGUUUACAACCUAAUUGCAGUUGCUGUACCUCAUGAUUUGUCUUCAUUUGGAUAUGGCUGGAUUAAUGUUUCCGAUGAGGGUGAAAUCAACUACAAAAAUUCUUCAUGUGAAGGCUGCAACAAAGUGCAUGACGACAUGCGUGAUGUGGAGUUUAUAACAUUUGGUGUGGUGUUAAUUGUGUGGGAGGUUCUACCAACCUUCAUGGUUAUACUGUUUUUUCGAGUCAGAAGACCGAAUAUUGGAGACAUGGGACCAUCAGGUAUAGCCUCACAGAGUUGCGACAAGAAGUCAUAUUUCUUUGAUAAUCCACGAAGAUAUGACUCGGACGAGGACCUGACAGAUUCACAAGGACAAACUAGAGGUGGUCAGUACAACAUACCAGGCGUACUCAGUCCUUCCGCUUCCAGCGCGAGGGUAAACAGACCACGUUCAUAUGGCUCCAUAUCAGCCACGCGCAGUGGCAGUUUCCAGAGAAGUAGCAGUUAUUCUAAAGUCUAUCUACCCGGUACCACCCCUCCUACACCCCCUCCCUGGCCUAGUAACCAAGUAGGCUGGUCUGGUUACCAAGCAGACGGGUCUAGAUUCCACUCUGACGUUUUGGUUGAGCAAAAUGAAGCAUAGUGAUUCGGGGGCCACGAGUAGUGUUAGGGUCGAUGAAUGACCUCUAAAGAAUGAAACAAACAUGGUAACAGAGAUAAUUGAAAGAGACACUUGUAGAGGCUGGACAGUAAAUCUUUGUUAGCACAGUGAGCCUCGAUCAUAACCCCUUGCUCAUUCACCUGUUAUACAGGGCUCCCCCCAGACUUAACAAAGCUUACCUUCAGGUGUCCUUAACCCCUGUAACCCGUAACAGUGGCUACCUUCUAAUUUCUUGGUACAGGAGCACUGUUGAAUCAAUAAUUAUGCAGGGCUAGACAUUAACGGCAGCCAAGUAGCCACAGACUAAUAGAAAGUUUUGGCUAGUGGUUUUCGUUUGCCGCUGGCCAGUUUGGCUAGUAAACAAACUGAA